UAAACAACAACAUCGACAGCAGCAGCAUGUUCGCCGGUAGUAAAUCUAUAGUUCUAGGUCUAGACUAAUUCUAGUAGACUAGAUCUAAUAUAAACUAUGAAUUAUAACUCAAACUGUAUUUGAAAAAACCGUUCUGUAAAGUAUGAUAAAGAUCUCUCGAAAUCUAGUAAGAACCAUGACAAGUCAGUUGUUUACAAACACUCCCCAGCAAAGCAGGAGCACAAAUUUAAAACUGGAUAGAUCUAGCUCAAGUUUUUCUUCAUUAGCUGGUGGCUAUGAGGAGGCAGUGAUAGCACUUCAAAACCUUCAAUCAAAUGCUGAAACAAUAGCUAAAGUACGUGAAUCAAAGGACAAAAAAAAUGUUAAGAGCGUUCCCAACAUGAACCGUUAUAUUCAUCGCUCAGGCCUUACGGUGGAGGAAGUCGACAAUCUCUCUGUGAUCCACGUCAGUGGCACUAAAGGCAAAGGGUCCACCUGCGCUUUCUGUGAAAGGAUCCUUCACUCAAAAGGUUACAAAACUGGCCUCUUCACCUCCCCACAUCUCAUAGAAGUGAGGGAGAGGAUCCGGAUCAAUGGAAGACCUCUCAGCAAGGAGAUGUUCAGUAAAUACUUCUGGAAAGUCUACACUGCCUUAAAACAAACUGAAACUGGGGAUAAGGAGGAAGGUGGUGGAAUGCCAGCAUACUUUGCUUUCUUCACCGUCCUUUCCCUGCAUGUCUUUAUUGCUGAAGGUGUUGAUGUAGCCAUUAUGGAGGUAGGCAUUGGAGGGCAGUAUGAUAGCACAAAUUUCUUCAGAAAACCUGUGGUGUGUGGAGUUGCUUCCCUUGGACUUGACCACACUUCAGUUUUGGGGAACACUAUAGAACAGAUUGCUUGGAAUAAGGCAGGAAUUUUUAAGGCAGGUCACCCUGCAAUUACUGUCCCACAAGUUUCAAAUGCUCUUCAAGUUUUGCUGGAUAGAGCCAAGGAGAUUAAGAACCCCCUUUACCUAGCUGAGCCAAUCAGAAGUGAAGUGGUUGAUAAGUACAACCUUCACCUUGGCAUAGAUGGGGCAAAGCAGAUAGAGAAUGCAGCAUUGGCUGUCCAGCUGUGCCGCAUGUGGGAGAAAAGGAAUGGCCAGAAAGAGCUUCUGCCUGGAACCCCAGACCAUCAGACCUUAGAGAACAUUCCAGUAUUGGAAGUCCAAGAACUUGAUGAUGCUACAAUAUGUGGUCUGUCCUCAUGUUCAUGGCCAGGCAGGACACAAAUUGUGACCAGGGACAAUGUCACAUACUAUCUCGAUGGGGCUCAUACCAAAGAGAGCAUUGAGGUAUGUUCUGCUUGGUUUAAAGAAGCAUCUUAUAAAGAAAAAGUACAACUCAGUCAAAAUGUGAUACGUAUUUUGAUAUUCAAUUCAACUGGAGAUAGAGAUGUGGAACCUUUUUUAAGUUGUUUGAAGGACUGUGAUUUUGAUGCAGCUGUUUUUUGCACCAAUAUCCUGUCAACUGAUGAGUCCAUGAACAUAGCUGGUGAGAUCUAUCUAGACCAAUUCAACAAAACAGUAACAUGCCAGUCUAUGCUGAAGCGUGCUGAGUGCAACAGAGAGAGCUGGGACAAGCUGUUUAAUGAUGAACCAGAUGGGUCUGUAACCUCGACACCAACAGACAAGCUGGAUAUUAACUACAACGAGAAAGAUUCCUUAGUGUUCGGUCCAAAAAAAUCUGUAAUAAAUUCCCAUUUUGACGAAACUAAUGAUUUGAGUGUUCCGACUGACAUUAUUGCAACAAAAAAUGUAAAACGUGUUUCUUCCCAUGAAGGGGUUAAGAAAAAAGUUCCGUCCUUUGUCUUUCCUUGUAUUUAUGAUGCCCUGGUAUGGGCAGCACAUGGACGAGAUGCUGCUUUUGUUGGUCAGUGUGUUGAAAGUCCUGUAGCUACAGCAGGUCAUGUGCAGGUCUUAAUCACCGGCAGUCUUCAUCUGGUGGGGGGUGUCUUAGGUGUCAUCACACCUCAUAUGAAUGAUUAGCGUAUUCCGUGGUGGGAGGCAAAAAAAAAAUUAGAAAAUUUUGCUCGGUUCUUAAUCAGGACCUUAUAAGGUUGUUAUAUUUUUUUAUUUUUUAAAUUGUUAUUUUUGUAUAAGCUCAGAUUUUAAAAAUAUUUUUGUGACUGGUGUUUUUGUAAAUUUUUAAUCAGAUUUACUGGAACAUUUCAAUUUUAUUGGGUUGCUGUUGUAAAAGUUCUUAACAAUAAAUGCAAUUAUUUUUCUUAAAAAUAUAUAAUUUUCUUUAAAAAGCUUACUGUGUUUUUUCUUGAUAAAGUUAAUGAUUUAUUGAUAUUUCAAUGCACAUAUUUUGUUAUAAUUUUAUAUAAUUGUAAACAAUCUCAAAUGUCAAUUGUAUUUCUUACAAUAAAAUACGAAUUAUGUUACAUGGCCAGUUUUUGUAAUGCUACCUAUUUAAGAUGCUGUCAAGUUGUUUUGCAGUUGUUCACUAAUUCUACUCUACACUUUCCCCACCUCCCGGUUCCUAUCAUGUUGCCUUUAUUUUUAAAGUUGCAUAAAUGUUUUUGCAUUUAACUUUUUAUGCCUGUUUAAGUCAUCAGCUUUCAUCUCUACAAUGUCUCUUGUUUUUAAUGCUAUUUUACAUUCCCUGAUAAUUGUUAACCUGGAGUUCUCCAGA